UCUAGAUGAUUUGACACCUCUGCUACCGAUUCUCCUUGUAUUUUAGGAAAUUCAUUCAAAUAUUUUGGGAUUUUAACAUUCUGCCUGAGACGGAUGUGGGCUGUCGCGCGGCCAGAAAGGCUUUACCAUGAACAGUAAUUGACAGAGUUGUCACAUACCUCAGACCCGCGAGCUAGUUGCUUGUUCGUAAACGAUGUGGGCAUUGCAUAGGUUUCAUUCAUUUUGGCUAAGGCUAGCUCUGUAACGGCGGUUGUACUUGCUAACGUUAAGUAACUUGUCGCUGCUGCAUUUGCGUUACAAAACCCAGCUACAUUGUGACUUUGAUUAAUUGAAUUGAACGAUAACAAUAUCGUGUGUCAACCAUUCAGCCACUGUAACGUCAGCUAGUCUGCAAAGUGAAUUAAUUAUUAUGGAUUAUGAACAUAAAGCGAAGGCAGUGGGUGACUGCUUGCUAAGCUACAAGAGGGAUGAGGCCGGGUGGAAAGUCUGCAAGAAAUCGAAUGACGUGGUUGUGUCUUGGCGUCCCUCGUCUGAGUUCCCUGGGAAUGUUUAUAAGGGCGAGGGGAUUGUCAGCGGCAGCCCGGAGAAAGUGUGGGAGUGUCUGAAACCAGUACCCAGUGGGCUCAGAGUCAAGUGGGACAACAAUGUCAAAAGGUUCGAGCUUUUGGAACAAAUCACGGAGGACAUCUCUAUCUGCCGAACAGUCACGCCGUCAGCAGCUAUGGGCAUCAUAGCUCCACGAGACUUUGUAGAUGUUAUUUUAGUCAAGCAAUACGAGGAUGGCACCAUUUCAUCAAAUGCCACCAAUGUGAGUCACUCGGGCUGUCCUCCCCAGUCUGGCUAUGUGAGAGGAUUCAACCAUCCAUGUGGUUGCGUCUGUGUUCCUAUCGCAGGAGAGCCCAACAAAACCCAGGUGUUCAGCUUCUUCCAGACGGACCUGGGUGGCUUUCUCCCCCGCUCCGUGGUCGACUCGUUCUUCCCAUCCAGCAUGGCGGAGUUCUACAGCAACCUGAGCAAGGCUGUCAAGUCCCUCAAGGGCCUUUGACACCAAGAGUUCAGAGAUCUGCCUUCAAAUCUGAGGCCUACUGACUGGAGGGAUCCAAGUCCGAAAAUAAGAAUGAGGGCUUGCAUUUGUCAAAACCUGCAUCUCAAACUCCAGUCUCUUUACAUCCCCGUCUAAGGGAUGAAUUUAUUUCCUCCAAUCUGAAGAAUGAAAAUAGAUGUAACAUCUAUAUUUGUAUGUGCUAAAAGUACAGAACAUCUUUACUUUUUACCACUUUGAUGAGUCACUAGACAUUCCCUCUUCUUAUGAUUCCAUACUUCAGUGUGUACAGUGAACAUGCAUGUUGCAUGGACCGUAUAUUUACCCUAUGCUGGUGUCAGGUUGUUGGUUUAGAAUACUGACUCAUACCUCAUAUUUAGUCGUCUGUGUUGUACUUGAACUGCCAUUUGCUCAUCUCCAGCUCACCUGUAAGCCAUGAAUAUCUGCCUCUUUAAUCAGCUACACUGAAGCACAGGUGGGAUGGCAUUGGUGGCCUUUUUAAACAAAGGCAGUUUUUUUUUUUUUUUUUAACUCCUUUAAAAUAGGAUAUGUUAUGUGCUGCUUUAUUGAGCAGAAAAGUGUCUUCCCACACACACACACACACACACACAUACAUACAUACAUACAUACAUACAUACAUACAUAUAUACAUAUAUACAUACAUAUACAUAUAGUACCAAUCAAAAGUUUGGACACACUUUCUCAUUCUGGGAAAGUGUGUCCAAACCUUUGAUAUAGAUAUUUACAGUAGCUUAUAUUGUAAAAGUGAAUACUAGAAAGAUGGUUUUCCUAUCACUAAGAUGAAACCGUUCCAAUGCAUAAUAAUAAGCAAUGCAAGGAGACAAGACUCAACAUUUAUAAGUUAAAAGUAACCUGGCAAAGCUAGAGAGCUUUACUGGACACACUGUUAAAGUGUAAAAGAUACUAAAAUGCACCGCAAGGUGCCUUUAUGUAAUGUGUCUAAACACCUUAAGAGUGCAAUAAUGCUCUGAUAGCUUGGGCACUUAGCAAAGGAAAAAAAACGGGCAAAUUCACAAAGAAUGGAUUGUGGCUGCUGAUAGCACCAUGAAUUGUGCAUCAUUUGGUACCACUAUCUAUCGCACUAAUGAUAUUACAGCGCAAACUCUGUAAAGUUUUGCAGCUUAUUGCAAUUUUCCCUUUUUUGCCUCCGAUUACAAUUAUUCAUGCGGCAAAGUAUACAUAUUGCCUUUGCGCCAAGAACACAGUAGGGAGUACAAUGACAGAGAGUACAGGUCCGCCGAGUUGCAGAGGCAUUCCUCAAAACUUCAGACAAGGAAUUUAAAGGUGACAGAGUUGGCAGCACAGUUAGGGGUGCGUUUCACCCUUUGUGGGUGCUUUUUCAGAAUGAUGUGGUGUUUUUUUUGUCCAAUCCUUUUGUGAAUUUUCCCCAGAUUGUUUAUUUAAAUUGUUAAAAAUAAAAAAAGACUCCCCAAUUUCAGAUCACAUUACUGCUGUAACAUUUUCGAUUGUGAAGUUUUUGGUUUAGAAGCCUUUUUUAUUGGCAAUAGUUCACGGUAGAAAGGGCAAAGGCCAGUUCCAGUAUAUACACAAGUCCAGUUUCUCAGAAGGCCACCUCACUGUCUACACAUUGUAGUCAAUGAUGGUUCUGUACAGGCGAUAAAUUAAUGGGAAAUGUAUUCGUGGAACUUAAUGACACUAUUUCUUAAUAUAAUUCUUAUGUAGUCCAUCCACACUGACCAACUGCUUUAUUUACAGUAUAUCAUGUUGUCUUGUUAUUUAACGUAAAAAAAAAAAAAAAAGACUUUGUUCAGUGCCAGCCCCCCGGCAGCCAACCACCACAAAUAGACUCUAAUUUCUGUGGUACUGUAUUUAAUAACUUAACAAUAUAAAAGUUGCUACUGCAUUAUAUUUACGUAGAUAAUGUAUACAAAAUAUACAAGUGUAAGUUAUUCCACAACUGCCAUACUCUUCUUUUAGGUAUUCAGAAAGAAAAUAGACAUCACUACAAAUGUACUGUACUCAUUUUAUUCCUCAUAGGCUGAGACUGACUUUCGUUGGGGAAAUAAGAAAAUGCUACAUCUGGUUGGUUUGAAAAGACACCACAGGUCAGGGUUAACCCUUCCCUUGAUUCUCUCUGUAUUAAGGUUGGCGUGGACAGUUCCUUAAUGAUAACUUAAGGAUCCCUCAGUAUGAACUGAAUGAAUAGUAGCGAACUGUUGGUGAACCCCCUUUCUCCAGAGCCUUCAUGUGUAUAAUCUGCUAUACUAUAUUGGGUGACAUGUUUUAACUAGUCUUUGUUUAGGAAUAUCAAGGUUCCUUUUUUAAAGUUUGUCUCUUUACCUG